UUCGUGAAGUGGAAAUCGUGAAUUCAUGAAGUGGAAAUCCUGAAAUCGUGAAUUCGUGAAGUGGAAAUCGUGAAUUCGUGAAGUUGAAAUCGUGAAAUCGUGAAUUCGUGAAGUAAAAAUCGUGAAUUCGUGAAGUGGAAAUCGUGAAUUCAUGAAGUUGAAAUCCUGAAAUCGUGAAUUCGUGAAGUGGAAAUCGUGAAUUUGUGAAGUUGAAAUCGUGAAGUGAAAAUCGUGAAUUCAUGAAGCGGAAAUCCUGAAAUCGUGAAUUCAAGAAGUGGAAAUCGUGAAUUCAGGAAGCAGAAAUCGUGAAAUCGUGAAUUCAUGAAGUGGAAAUCGUGAAAUCAAGAAAUCGUGAAAUCAUGACAUCGUGAAAUCACGAAAUCGUGAAGUUUUUUCGUGAAAUCGUGAAUUCGUGAAAUCGUGAAUUCAUGAAGUGGAAAUCGUGAAAGCAUGAAUUCAUGAAGUGGAAAUCGUGAAUUCAGGAAGCAGAAAUCGUGAAAUCGUGAAUUCAUGAAGUGGAAAUCGUGAAAUCAAGAAAUCGUGAAAUCAUGAAAUCGUGAAAUCAAGAAAUCGUGAAGUUUUUUCGUGAAAUCGUGAAUUCGUGACAUCGUGAAUUCAUGAAGUGGAAAUCGUGAAAUCGUGAAUUCAUGAAGUGGAAAUCGUGAAAUCAGGAAGCAGAAAUCGUGAAAUAAUGAAGUUGAAAUGUCACCACGGGUCUUUCGUAGCUACUAACCCCGUGCUGCUACUUACCGUCGUUAAUUGAAUUAUGUAGUGAUAUAGUGAUGUCUCCUAGUUUUAAAAGUAUAAGAAGGACAAGGUGAAAAAUCAGUACCUCUUAUCAGCCAAUUAUAAGGUUGGUCAUAAUGUAUGCUCAAUUUAUUUGAAGUUUAAAUACAUAUGUGAAACAAUAGUUUAUCAGCUCUUGAGAUAUGAAAAUAAACGCUUUUAACUGUAUUUCAUCAUUUUAUUCAAAUAACAUAUGUCAUGUCCUUGAGUUUUCAAGUGCAUUAUGUAAGGCAGCAUUAAUUGCAUCAUAGAUACUUAGGAUAUAAAACGCGUGAUCGAUGUAUUUGAGUGUGGACUCUCUUGGAGAUUAAAUAAAGAUUAAGUCGAAGAUUCACUAGACUGAGUAUGGUUCAGCAAGAUGAAAACUCUCGAUCGGCUUCUGUAGCCGGUAGUGAUAUAAAUGAUUUUGCAGCAAAUAAUAGCGUUAAAACACUUCCAGAGGAUGAUUACAUUACCAAUCAUCAUGCUUGCUCCUCAAGUGCAGAUCAAAUUACGGAAGAAUGUGAAGAAAGGAAGGCACCCGAUAGAGGUUGGGGUUGGUUUGUUGUACUUGGUGGUUUCCUAGUUCACUUUAUCAUGGGUGGAUUUGAACGCUCUAGUGGUGUUAUGUACCUCCAGCUGCUGUCAAGAUACAACCGUAGUGCGACAGCUACUGCUUGGGUACUGUCUAUUUUUUCUACUCUACGACUUCUGCUAGGACCACUUGCAAGCGCUAUGUGUAACAGGUUUUCAUGUCGUUUUGUUGUAAUGAUUGGAGCUGGCAUUUCCGCACUUGGUGUAUUAAUUUCGGGCUUUGUACCUGCUAUCUCGUACAUGUAUCUCACAUAUGGAGUUUUGUGUGGUCUUGGUAGAGCAUUAGUGUACACUCCAAGUGUGGUUGCAGUUGGAUAUUACUUCAACAAAAGACGUGGCAUUGCCGUGGGUAUAUCAACGUCAGGCGUUGGUUUCGGUUGUUUCCUUUUCCCACCAGUCAUAGAACUUUUCUUCAAUUAUUACGGAUAUUCUGGAACGUUUCUUAUACUUGCUGCAAUAAUAAGUAACUUUUUCGUAUGUGGUGCACUAUUCAGACCCUUGGAACUUCAGUGGAAACUAAUGGAAUAUGACAGGAGAAAGAAAAAGGUCACGAUAGCUAGAGAAAGCUUGUUGGAUUCAAAAAUUGUAAGAAAAAUAGAAAAGAAUACGUCAGUGGAAGAUAAUGAACAUAUUGAAUCACAAAAUAUGUCUGUAUUUAAAAGGAAACUUUCCAAAAUCAAACUCGCCUUUAAAAGCGCUCACACACCACAGACAAAGAAACCUUUGCUCGAAUUUGCAUUAUUCAAAAACUUCGCAUUUUGUGCCUUAUGUAUGCAAAUAUUCUUGUUUACGUUAUCUAUAAACAUUACAUCACUGUUUCUACCAGCUCUUGCGAAGGAGAAGGGCGUUUCAAAUCUACAGGGAGCCUAUUUAGUCUCUAUUCUGGGAAUAUGUGACGCUUUGUGUAGAAUAGUUGUGUCUUCUUUCCUAGACCUGAAACGCGUAAAACCAUACAGACUUUUUAUAUAUAAUGUAGUUAUGUUUCUUACGGCAAUAGUAUCUAUAUUACUACCGUCGAUGACUAGUUUCACACAAUUUGCAAUAGUUUGUGGACUUUACGGCAUGUUGUCGGGCACUUACAUAUCCCAGAAAUCCGUUGUGAUCGUGGAUGUUGUAGGAGUGGCGAGUUUGUCUAGUGCUUUUGGCUUUCUAAUGGUUGCACAGGGACUGAGCAAUUUAACAGGAUCAACAGUAGGAGGUAUGUUUAAAGAUUUUCUUGGUACCUAUGAUUGGGCUUUCUAUUUCGCCGCCAUCGGUAUUGUAUCAGGAGGAUUGGCAAUGGCUACAGGAAAUAUUUGGUUGUACAGAAAGAAAAGACGUGAAAACCACGCGGAAAGAAAUAAUCUGAACUAACACUCAUUUUGAAAUAGUAUCUAGUAUAUUAUGACUACUUUAUUUUCAAUAAUUCAUUUCAUUCUAUGUUUACAUCAGUUUGAUUUUCUACAAGAGAUAAGACAGCUAUUUCAUGCUGUAUAUACUGCGGAAAUGUUUAUUUCGAUUGUAUUCUUUAUCAUUUACUAUUCUUAUAAUUAGUCAGAUGUAGCCUAAAGACAGUUUGUGUUCAAAAUUUGGGUUUUACAAUAAGUAAUUGCAAUAGAUAAUAGAACUAUCAUAUAUGCAAUGAAGGUUUUUCUUUUCCAAAAAAAGAUAAACAUAUUUUUAUAUUUUUUCGUUCAAUUUUUCUAAUGCACUUUGUUUGUUUAGAUGCAUAUAUCCUAAAUUACCUGCUGAAAAAAGGAACAUUUUUAAUAUAGAUAGAUUUAUUAGUAUAAUAAAUUUCUGAAAUGAAAACAUUUUUUGCGACCAAUUUUAUUAUCUUUUUAAGUAUUUUCAUUUUUUAUCAGAAGAUAUAAAGAAAUAUCUGAAGUAGUUUAUUCUUAAAAAAUAGAUGCUGUCAAUUUUUCCCAUUUGCUGAACAAGACAAGAAAAAGUCAUGGGUAAAAUUAUCAAUUUUCUGCAAACAUAUCAUUUCUACAUUCAAGUAAUGGACAUGUAAAUGCUCAUUCUAAUAUGUUAUAAAUUUGUUAACUAUAACAUUUGUCAGUUACUCAAAUCUGUUUGGUUUUCAUGAUGCUUUUGUUUGUUUGUUAAUUUUUCAACGUACUUGAAACUUGAAACAUCCUUUGGUUUGUGUAAGAUCAAACUAGAUACACGUGAUUAUAUUUUCAUUCGAUAUGUAGGACAUAACGCAAAUUGACAAAAAGUAGUCAUGCAUUUGAUUUAUGUAGGAUAUUAUGCAGAUUUCCUUUGUAAUAUUCAUACGAAUAAAAUCCUAUCAGAAUUAUU